CUCAGAUCUUGUCAAAACACUGGUGUGUGAUAAUAGGAAACGUAUGAUUAAUACUGUGUAAGGAGAAUAUAUUGCUUCUGUGUUGUGCAGUUUUCGACAUUUCCAAAAUGGAAAAUCAGAAAACGUCCGCAGAAAGGGAAAUCAACGAGACCUCGAAAAAGAGAUAUAGAAGAAAGGAGGAAGAGGAAGACAGUCCUCUAGAAACUGACGACGAUUACGUGCCUUACGUGCCGGUCAAACAACGGAAAAGACAAUUGCUUACAAAAGUGGGUAAGCUCGGACAGCUGAAGGAAGACACGAACGGCGUUGGGAAAAGCAGCAGUGAGAAUGAGAGAGAUGACGCCGACAACGACGACGGACAAGUCUGGGGAAGAAAGUCAAAUAUUUCUCUAUUGGAUCAACAUACUGAAUUAAAGAAAUUGGCAGAAGCCAAGAAGGAGAGUGCUAUGGAAAAGCAGUUGAAAGAGGAGGAAAAGAUCCUAGAGAGUGUUGCUGAGAACAAAGCUCUGAUGGGCGUGGCUGAAUUAGCCAAGGGUAUUCAAUACAAGGAUCCUAUCAAGACCAAUUGGAAACCGCCGAAGAUAAUACUCAAUCUCGGCGAGGCACGUCACGAGAAAGUAAGGAGAAGGCUCAGAAUAAUUGUGGAAGGUGACGAAGUACCUCCGCCACUGAAGACUUUCAGAGAAAUGAAGUUUCACAAAGGUAUUCUGUACGGAUUGGAGCAGAAGGGCAUUGUCAAGCCAACGCCGAUUCAAGUUCAAGGAAUACCCACAGUAUUGUCAGGACGAGACAUGAUCGGAAUCGCAUCCACCGGAAGUGGCAAGACUUUGGUGUUUGUUUUACCAGUUAUCCAGUUUUGUUUGGAGCAAGAAAUCGACAUGCCUUUUAUCAAGAGAGAAGGACCCUAUGGAUUGAUAAUAUGUCCGUCGAGAGAGUUGGCCAAACAAACCUACGACAUAAUUCGGCACUACACCAAUAGCUUAAGACAGAUGAAUUGUCCGGAAAUUCGCUGUUGUUUGGCGAUCGGAGGUGUGCCGGUUUCGGAAUCGUUAGCUGUGAUCAACAAAGGUGUACACAUAAUGGUAGCGACACCGGGACGUCUGAUGGACAUGUUGCACAAAAAGAUGGUUACGUUAAGUCUCUGCCGUUAUCUCUGCAUGGACGAGGCGGAUCGCAUGAUAGACAUGGGAUUUGAGGAAGACGUGCGAACGAUAUUUUCGUUUUUCAGGGGCCAGAGGCAGACGUUGUUGUUCUCCGCUACAAUGCCGAAGAGAAUUCAAAACUUCGCGCGUUCGGCUUUGGUGAAACCGGUAACGAUAAAUGUCGGCCGUGCCGGAGCAGCGUCGAUGAACGUGAUACAGGAAGUUGAGUACGUCAAGCAAGAGGCUAAAGUUGUCUAUCUGUUGGAAUGUCUGCAGAAGACCGCGCCCCCGGUAUUGAUAUUCGCGGAAAAGAAACGCGACGUGGACAACAUUCACGAGUACUUGCUCAUAAAGGGAGUGGAAGCUGUCGCGAUUCACGGAGGGAUAGAUCAGGAAGAAAGAUCGCGUUCGGUAGAAGCAUUCCGGGCGGGUCGAAAGGAUGUGCUCGUCGCGACGGACGUUGCAUCCAAGGGUCUCGAUUUUGCCGACGUGAAGCACGUUAUAAAUUACGAUAUGCCGGACGACGUGGAAAAUUAUGUUCACAGAAUAGGACGAACCGGUCGUUCCGGUCGUAUCGGUAUAGCGACGACGUUUAUCAACAAAGCGAACGACGAAUCUGUACUGCUUGAUCUGAAACAUUUGCUGAUGGAAGCCAAGCAAAAGGUUCCGCCUUUCCUCCUCGAGCUUUGUUCGGAGAACGAAAAAUAUCUCAAUCUCGGAGACGAACGUGGUUGCAGUUACUGCGGUGGACUUGGACACAGGAUCACAGAGUGUCCCAAACUGGAAGCUGUGCAGAACAAGCAAGCGUCCAAUAUCGGUCGCCGCGAUUAUCUGGCCAGCAACGCUGCGGAUUAUUAAACAAUUUAUAUAUCUUAUUAUUAAAUCUAAAAAUUAUUCGC